AUGGGAUUUCCCCCAAAUUGGGUUACUUUGAUUAUGGGUUGUGUUACUACGGUAAACUUCUCCAUCAUGCUUAAUGGAGCCCCUCAGGCACCUUUUGUCCCCCAAAGAGGGUUGAGACAAGGGGACCCCCUUUCCCCGUAUCUGUUCAUCCUUUGCGGAGAAGUGUUCUCCUCUUUAAUCAAUAAAGUUGUUAUGUCUGCUGCUUUACAUGGCAUAAAAGUAGCCCGUUCAGCGCCUGUGAUUUCUCAUCUACUUUUUGCAGAUGACAGUAUCAUAUUCGCCCGGUCCACGCGGGAGGAGAUGGAGUGUGUCAAGAAUAUUCUUUCCACUUAUGAGCGAGUGUCUGGUCAAGUUAUUAACUUGGAUAAAUCUACACUCAUUGGUAGCCGAAAUGUACCUCAGAAUCGUUUAAAUGAGCUUAAAGGGCUUUUGAAUGUAAAGGCUGUUGAGUGUUUUGAUAAAUAUUUGGGUUUGCCAACCAUGAUUGGGAGGUCUAAAACACAAAUUUUCAACUUUGUUAAGGACCGUGUCUGGAAGAAGCUGAAAGGGUGGAAAGAGUCUGCUCUCUCCCGUGCUGGCCGAGAGGUUUUGAUUAAGGCGGUCGCCCAAGCAAUACCAUCCUAUGUCAUGUCUUGUUUCAUUCUUCCGGAUGGGAUUUGCGAUCAGAUUGAAGGGGUAUCCACUGGCUCAGGUGGGAUUCUCUUUGUCGGCCUAAAGGUAAUGGCGGAUUGGGGUUUAGAGACUUCAAGUCUUUUAAUAUGGCUCUUGUUGGGAAAACUUGGUGGCGAAUCAUGUCCAAACCAGAUUCGGUUUUUGGCCAAAGUGUUUAAGGCGGUGUAUUUUCCUCGGGCAUCGAUUUUCCGAGCCAAGAAGGGGUAUCGUCCGAGCUAUGCUUGGUCGAGUAUUCUUCGGGCGAGUUGGGUGCUGGAGGAAGGUGGCUUGUGGUGCGUAGGGAGUGGUUCGAGUAUAAGAGCGUGGGAAGAUAGAUGGGUCCCUAAUUCUGGUCCAUUGGUUUACCGAGAGAAUGUGGCUUCUGACCUUGGUGUUACUCGUGUAGCUCAUUUGUUGCUCCAAGAUGGGUCUGGGUGGAACCGUGAACUGGUUGAGCAUCUAUGCUGGCCCCCAACUGCAGCGGCCAUUUUGUCGAUUCCGAUCUCUAUACAAAACCAUGAUGAUGCGUUUUUCUGGCCUGCAACUGUGGAUGGGAAUUAUUCCACUAAAUCGGGAUACAAAUUUAUCCGUGAUAGGCUUUCGAAUGGUGACCCCGGUGCAUCGUCUUGGCAAUCCUUGGAUCAUGGUGCGUGGAACAAGCUAUGGAAGGUCGAUGCUGCUCCUCGUUGUCGUGAAACUUCGUGGCGUGCUUGUCUUGAGUUGUUGCCUGUGCGUGCCGAGCUAUCGAGAAGGGGAAUGGAAUUGGAUCCUUCUUGCCCAUGGUGUGUCUCAGCCCCUGAGUCGACACAACAUUCGUUGCUGUUUUGCCCUGUGAUCAAACCAAUCUGGUUUGCUUCCCCCCUUGGCUUACGGCUGGAUAACGAAUGCACGGUAAGGGAGUUUCUUGCAGCUUUUCUUCCCAUGGCGGAUUCUUAUGCAGCUGGUUGGUGUUGUGCUCUUUUGUACGCUAUUUGGGAUGCUAGGAAUGAGCUGUUGUUCCAAAGAAAGGCUCUCUCCUUACAGCAGAUCUUGAAACGUGCCCAGCUUCUUCUUCCCUCGCAGGUGGCGGUUCAGAGUUCAACAAGGCAUGCCCGUGAGCUCCCUUCAAAAUGGCGUCGUCCAGCUCCUUCCAUCUUCAAGAUCAAUUUUGACGCGUCCGUGUUGGCAUCGAAGGAGGCCGGGUUUGGAUACAUCGCCCGUAACUCUCGUGGAGAGGUUUUGUCGUCGGCGACGAGUUCUUUUGCCCCGGUAAUGUCUGCUCUUCUAGCUGAAGCUUUGUGUUUUAGAUGGGCGUUGCAUUUAUCUUCCGAGUUGGGCUUCCGCCGAGUUAGCUUCGAGACUGAUUGUUUGGUGCUGUAUGACUACUGGAGACAAGGGAAGGGAGGCACGUCUCAUCUAGAGACCAUUGUUAGAGAUUGUCGUUUUCUGUGUUCUCAUUUUGAUGUUGUUGAUUUUUGCUUUGUUCGCCGUGCCGGUAACGGUGUCGCUGACGCUUUAGCUAAACUUGCUUUUCGUUUUGGAACGAUGGUUUGGAUCGAAGAGGCUCCUUUGGAGGUUUCCUCUAGAAUCCAGGAUGAUGUUGUUGCCUCUAUGGCCUCUUCUUAA